AUGUUAGAAGGCAAAGCCGUCAUUAACGAGACUGACAUGCUUCAAACAAUGCAGCAAGACGCGCUCCAUUUAGCUGCAAAGGCUCUUGAUAUAUUUGAUAUCACUGAACCUACCGAAAUCGCCCAAUUCAUAAAGAAGGAAUUCGAUGAGUCAUACGGGACUGGGUGGCAGUGCAUAGUAGGAACAGAUUUUGGUUCGUUUGUGACACACAGCCAAGGCUGCUUCAUCCAUUUCUUGAUUGGUAGCCUUGCAUUCUUGCUUUUCAGGGGUACGGCCAAUCUUGCUGCUGAAGCAAAUAGGAUCCCGCCAUUGGAAGCUGUGAAGGCAUAA